UUUUGAUUUUGUAACAUGUUAUUUUUUCUGUUUUCAUGUUAUGUUUGAUAGUUUAGAAAUAGAACAUUUAAAUGUAUCCAACUAACAUUUAGAAUAAUUAGAAUUUAGAUAUAUUUUUUGAGAAUGAACGUAUAGAUAAUUAAGUUUUAACGACUCAUAUAUUAAUGUGUAGUUUUUUAAUUACAAAUAAUAAACAUGGCUUUAGAGUUAUCUCUUAGAGAAAUAUGCUCUAAUCUCACAUCUAUUCGGGCUACUGAGAGGAAGAAAAGCGCGGAAACGUUAAAAGAUAUGCUAAACAGAACAGCUGUUCCCGGUUUACUGAAUGAAAAUACUUUGAAAAAAUCUGGAUAUACCUGGAAUCAUGUAUUUGGUGAUAUUAAUGACUAUAUCCUGAAGGAAACAGAAAAAUUUGAAACAAAUAAAAAUUUCUCUGUCAUAGUUGGAAUUGCUACAAGUCUUCUGAAUUUAUGUGUUUCUGCUUCUAACAAAGGUGGAGCAUAUAUAAAAUGUGAUGUUAUUAUGGAUGCGUGUUCCAAUAUUUUUAAUGAUACUCGUCUGCGUAAAGCUAUUGGUGAUGCCUAUUUCAAUGUACUGUAUAAACAUGUACUAAAUAAUGAUUAUUUCAUUGGCUAUAUCACUCCAGAUAUGUGGGAAAAUUUACUGGAUAUUUCUGUAACAACUUGUCUCACAAAACUAUCUCAAUUGGAUAACUUGACCAAAUUCAAGUUUUUAUUGCUUGUAAUACAAAACGCUAGUAAUUCCAGUCAGUGUUUUGUUUGUCUCAGAGAUGCUCUGCCAGACAUUAAGAAUUGUUUCCGAAAUGUUAUGCAUGAUAAAAUAGUACAGGAGUUUGUCUUGAAAACUGUUUUAUUAUUGAUGGAAUUGUUAGCUUCAGAAUGUCGCCUAUACAUUUGUGAAUUCUCUGAAACACUUUUACCUUCAUUAUUUAAGAUUUAUGAUCAUAGUAUGGAUGUUAAGAAAAAGUCUUUAUUAUUCAAAGUAUUGCAAGUUGCAUUUGUCAUUCAUCAUCCAAUGGGUAGACUACAAAAAGAAGAAGGCAGUAUGGCACACAAUUGGGAAAUUUGGAAUAAACAUGUGCACAGCAUAUUAGAAAUUGUCUGCCUUGAAAUAAAUAAUAUGCAAAAAAAUUUAAAACACAGUAGUUCUCAUGCACAUGUUGACAACUUUUCUUAUUUAGCAGCUAUAACUUAUUAUCAGAUCCUUAAUGAAGAGUCCAGUAGUGAGGUUGUUGAAGAAAUAGGAGAAAACUCGGCCAAGAAGCAGAAGAUGAGUUUUGAUAAUAAAAAAACAUUUUUCGAUUUACUGGAAGAACUUCAACAGAAUUCGGAGACUUGGAUCUCAAUCAUACACAUGUAUGUGAAAAAUUUCGGAAAUACUUUAUCACCAUCACACUUUAUGAAAUUAUUAAACAUAUGUGAAAUCUUAAUGUCUAAAACUGCUAAGAGUUUUAACUGGGUUGAUUUUGGUAAAAUGACUUGCCUGGUACUAGAUUACUUUACAAUGAAUGCAAAGUUAACAGUUCAUAUAACAGGACAAAAUGACUUCAUCUCUUUAUGGAACACUUGUGUGAGAAACUCGGCCAUACAGAAUGCUGCUCAUGAAUCGAUACACAUGAUUAUACUUUCAUUAUUAAAACUGGAUGUUAUUAAAUACACGCAUGUGCAGCCUCUUCUUACAAUCUACUUUGAAAAGAGAAUGCCUGUUGAUAAUCAUACAUUAAAAACUUUAAGCUCUCUAUAUUAUAGGUUUUUCAGCAAUUGCUGUCAAAUAGAACAACGACAUAAGUGUUUUACUUGGUUGACACACGAUGAUAUAAUUGAUAUAGAUGUAAAAUAUAUAGAAGAGAUAUUUGUUCAAAUAAUUUCUAACGAUAAUCUUUCAUCAGCUCAACAUAACUCUUUGAAUGCAUAUUCUAAUAGUAUGCACGAUAUUUUAUUCAAAAACAUUGAAAAUAGUAUACUGUUUGGAACAUUUGAAUAUGAAAUUGAAAGCGAAGAAAAGGGAACAGCUAAUGAAAAAGAAUUAAUAGGUGCAAUUGAAAUAAGUCGAGAAGUAAGCGAUUGGAUUAUUAAAUACUUAGAAAAUGAGCUUUCAGAAUUUAUCACCACGACUGCUAAUAAAGAUGAGCCAGUUAAAAUUGGAAAGUACAUACACUUGACUUUGCUUCUAUAUAAAUCUUUACUAAAUUAUAAAAUAUUAACCAAAGAAGAUGUACUAAGCUCUUCACUAUACGUCGUUCUGAUAGAGAGCCUAAAGAAAAUAUUUGUUGUUUUAACACGUGUUUUAAAAUCGUCUGAACAAAUUAAGAACAAAAUAGCAUUAUUCAAUUGCCUACAAAAUAUCCUUGAAAACGAUUACAAUAGUUUUCUUGACAGCGUUAUUCGUUCGUGUAUAAGUGAGGAUUGCUUUCAUUGCAUCAAUGAAAUUCUCAAAACUGAAGUUAGCCACGACGACGAAGAAUAUAAUGGUGAAGAUGAUAUUGAAUUGAGCCUCGCUGGAUUGAGGCACCAUUGUAUAUACUUCCUGUCCGCUUAUUGUUCACACGACCACGACUAUACGGACGAAGUUAUUAAAUGUAUAUUAGACGAAGAUGUUUAUAAAUUUGAAUCCCAUUGGGAUAUAGAGUGCGCAUUAAGAUGCCUUAGAAUGAUCAUAAGAAACGACAGGGAUAACAAAUUUAUUGAUUAUGUGUUAGGCCUUAUGCAGACCAUGUGCAGGAAUUUAUUCCGAAAUUCCAAAGCGAGUUUCGAAAUAUUACAAAUUAUAUUGCAAAUACUCGAUAGGGUGUGGGAAAAAAAUGAUCACGUUUUACGACAAAAUUGCAUUAUUAUGGUUAGAAGUUACACACAACGCUGUAUGAAAAUGUACUACCCUCCUCGUGUUGCGGUUUUAGUGUAUGAAUGUGUGGCUCGUAUUAUAGAGCUUAAUAAUAAACAUCAUAUAGAUAUUGAUGACUCGUUACAAGACGUGUUAAUUGAGCAGCUUACAGGAAACAUCCACAUUAUGCGAAUAUAUUGCUGUUACCUUAUGAAAUAUGCAUGUGGUAAUAAUUAUACUGAUAUUAAAAAUAUAUCAAACACUCUUAUGCAAAUCUUUGUAAUAAAUGUAUCAAGUAAUAAUGAAAGUGUACUGAAAGACGAAACGACCAAUAGAACAUUGACAAUAUCGCAUUGUUUUCGAGCUUUGUCGCAGUUUCAACCUUACCUGAUUCAUGAUAUAGUUCUUAAAUUGAUCCACAUUCAAAAGAAAAAAGGGCUGAGUAAGCUUACAAUUAAAAAAGUUUUAAACAUAAUUUUGAACAAAUCUAUGGGAAUUAAUUUAGAAGAAUAUGCCGAUAUGAAUGUUAAAAGAAUUCUUCAAUAUUGGUUUAAAGAGGAAGAAGGAUUCCAAGACAUCCCUUUAAGUCUAUUAGGAUUUAAAUCCAUCGAUGCGUUUAUUGAGAAACACUUGAAAUGGCUGAUUGCUAUGGAUAUAUUGUGGCGUAAUAAUGGAUACAUUGAGAAAAGUGAGGCUACAAAAUAUGUCGUUAAUAAAUCAGGAAAAUCCUUAGAAGACAUAAUCGAGAUCUGUUUUUGUUCAAUAAUUGCACUGUGCCUUCCUUAUAUUGUUACCGAAAAAUAUAAAUUAGAAGAUCAAAAACAGGCAGACUUCAGGCUUCUAUUCGAAAACGCAAAUAGAAUGUUUCAAUCUACUAGACAAAUACUUAAAAAUGAGAAAUGGAGUAAUUUGUUUGUUGAACUUAUGGGGGAGUUGAUUCGCCUGGCAGCCCUUCAUUUGUUUGAUCCCGACAGCGCUGAACUUGAGUUUCAAGUGAAGUUGACGAUAAAAAGGCCUCAGUUUACUUAUACUAAACCUGUUUUUAAUGCUGUGUUAAGAUAUUUUGGCGAACUAAUUGAUGGAAAUAUAAUGCAUUAUCUUUGUGAAAACCAACCGUUAAUCAUUCUUACUAUACUUUUUAAGCUAUGGGCCAACUUUAUCAAAGAGAAGAUACUACAGUUGAAAACGAUAUAUUUGCAUACUUAUAUCAGUUUCAUUGAAAACAUUUUACUGGGAAAUCAGUCGGAUGCAGUUUUGUGUAGCUUUGCUUGUAAUAGUGUUUUAAAUGCUAUUGCGACGUCCAAACUGUCGGACGAAGUAAACGUAUUAGUUCAUUCAUUGAAAGUUAUGAUGGAAAAGAUUUUAAAGUAUCCAUCUAAUCGGUUAGAUAACUUAAAAAAGUCUGUCAUUUCCAAAAUUCUCUCAGUCUUAAGCAUUAAAAAAGAACAAGGUUUAACAUUUUCGAAAAGCUUGGAAACUUAUUUACUUGAAUAUAGUAAUUCUAAACGUGGAGAUGUUGUUGAUUAUAUAGAUCUUUUAUAUAAAAAUGAAAUUGGAAACUACGUAUGUUCAUCAAAAGAACAGUUUACAAUAAUGCUGCAAAAAUAUAUAACGAACAUUUCAAAUCCGAGUCAUGACAUUUUGUUAAACUUGAGACAAUUCUUGAAGACCAAUAAUAAUCUUGUCAAUAGCCUCAUUAAAGAUUUGGAUAUAAAAGGUUUUUCGGAAGACUGUUUGAAUAGUCCAAUUCAUUGCUUGAUUAAUGCACUGAAUAAUAUAUUGAAUACUUCAAAUGAUGAUAAGAUUAUAGUCCAAGCUUGUAAUUGCCUUAGCGAAGUUUGUACUUACGAUAUAAAGAGUCUAGUGACUGUUCCCGCCCAUACAAAGAGGGCCGUAACUUUAGCGCCAAAGGAAUAUUUUGCAUUUAUAGUUCUAACAACUCUUUCUGAAAAGCUUUUUGAUGAAGAUCCAGCUGUUAAUAGCAAGGCAGCAAAAGCCAUUAAUCGUCUAUUGAAGUUCCGUGAUGGAAAGUUGGCUUUAGAUAUGGAAGGAAUUAACAAAGAAAUUUUACAACCACUGUCACCGACAACCAGCGAAAUCUUCUCUGUGUAUCGGAUAGAUGACUCAAAAUUCAAUAGAUAUAAUCGCUUGGACUUCUGGAUUCCGAAACAAAAUGAAGAUCAUAUAAAAUGGAUAGAGAGAAUAACAACAGCUCUUUUGGAUGUGAUUGCUUCACCAAAUAACUGUGCGUCUGCUGUGCGCGACAUUUGUAAUUCUAAGCCAAGUGUGUGUGCACCAAUCAUGCCAGCUAUUUUGGGGCUUUUACUAGAUUGUAAUGCAGAGAAAGUAUUUCAAGUAAUAAGUGAGCAAAUAAAUCAAUUCUUCCAAUAUAUUUGGAAAAUGAUCUUUAAAGAUGAAAAUAUUGAAGAUUUCCACCUUCCUUCCGGCACUACAAUGUCCAGUAAACUGGACCACACUCAUAAAAAUAUUAUUCAAUACAUCAUUAAUGUCAUCAACUUUAUACGAUUGCAGGCGGAACAUUAUAAGACAAGACAAUCCCAUAGCGUCGAUCGCUUGAACUAUUUGAACCUGGACUAUAUAAAAGUGUCGUUAGCGGCAGCCCUAGCUGAUCGCAGUAUGGUAGCUAUAUACUACGGCGAGCUCGGAGCAGCUGCCGCUAACGGGGGAGUUCCGCCCGAUUCGCCCGACGCUACCAGCAGGAUAAACGGAGGAUCGCACUUGCAAAGGAUAUUUAGAGGGUGUUUUGUAUCCAUCGGUGAAGUGGAUGCCGUGGAGGGCUGCGGUACUGCUCACCUCACUAGUGAAGGGGAAAAGAGAAAGCAUCUCAUCAACACGGGCCAGUUCGCAGACUCUCUGCUCUUGCACGAUAUUGCACUUUCAUAUGGAGCUCAGGAUCGAGCCUUGCAGUACGGAGCCGUUGUGUCAUUACACAAGUCUGGCAUGCACCAUCUCGCUUUGCAGUACAUUAAAUCUUGCCCGGAAAACGAGGAUUUAGACGACAUCAAAUAUGACUGUUUGUCGUAUCUCGGUGAUUGGACUGCAGUUGUUGACACACGGGAAUUGGAAGCGAAAUCUAAACUCACAACUUAUGAUAUAAAUUCAUUCACAAAAAUGUACAGAUAUGCGUGUCUCAAAGACUGUCUUAAUAUACAACCGACUAAAGAGUUCUCUGUGAAGCUUGAACAAACGCUGAACGCUGCGAAAUUGACUAUUUCAAGGAUGUGUCGGGAUUUAAAUAUGGAGAACUCACAAUGCGUUUAUAGCAUUAUGGCAAAUUUGCAUCUAUUUCGCGAUAUAGAAAACUAUUUCUCUGUUAGAUGCGGGAAGGAAAAGCUAACUAAAUUGAUCAAAGAUUGGCGAAUUGAAAAUUUGCCUCCAUAUAAAGAUUUUACACACCUUGAGGGUUUGAUAUCGCAGCGGAGUUUGAUCCUGCAGCAUGCAGCAGAAAAUAAUGGUAUUCAUUCGACUAUCAUUAAUUCACUACAUCUACAAUAUGCUGAGUUGGCUCUUCUAAAUGAAAGGGUACAAAUGGCCCAGCGUAUAGUGGCGAUGGUCAAACGGUUCCAACCGUCAAAAGAAGUUACUCUGAUAGAGAGUAAGGUAUCAUGGGAAAAGGGACACAAAGAUAUAGCUCUGUCCUUGUUGCACGAUAACGUAGAUGAUGAAUCUGAUAAUGCUAAGCUUACUGCAAUGUCUCUAAGGCAGUACGGCUUAUGGAUGGGAGAAUGUAAACGUGAAAAUGCGAGGGAUAUAAUAAAUAAAUACCUAGAAAAGAGUCUCAAUGUUUUGAAAGAAGGUGAUGAUGUGAAAACAAGACUCAGAGUGUAUUAUGAUAUUGCCACAUUUGCUGAUGCAGAGUAUAAACAAGUAGUCUCAUACAUGAAUUCAACAACCUUCGAGAAUAAAGUGAAAUGCUUAGAAAGCUUGAAAGGAACCGUGGAGUCUCUAAAAUCGUCGCAACUAAGCCUUACCAGAGAUGAAAGAAGAGCUCUGAUGGCCAACAAUGCGUUUAGAGACUUGGAUGAAGCUGAUAUAGCAAAUACCAGAGCGGAGAGAGACACUUUCUUGAAUCUAGCUAUGAGAUAUUAUUUGCAGUCUUUAGAACAGAGUGAUGAAAACAAUUUGUCAGUGUUUAGAGUAAUUUCGCUAUGGUUUGAAAAUAAUAAUAUCGACUUGGAUUGUGAAGAAACCGGUCGCUUAGGAUCACUGUUACAAGGGAUCCCGUCUUGGAAAUUCAUAACAGUUCUGCCGCAGAUUGCACCCAGACUGUCUUCGGAAGAUACGCCGUUUGCGAACCAUUUAAGGAACUUAAUAACACGAUGUGCAAUAGAGCACCCCCACCACACACUACCCAUACUGUUUAACUUGAAGAAUUCCGAUAAAGACGUGACAUUACGUGGACAAGCUGGGUUAUCUGGGACUAGAACUUCUAUUUCGGCUCCAGAACCGAGGGUGAUAGCUGCGGAACAGCUGAUCAAUGGACUGGCUGCUCGUACUCCGCAACUCAGUGUUAUUGUGGAACAGAUGGAAGUGUUGUGUGAUGCUAUCAUCAAGUUCGCCUAUGCCGUCCCAGCUGCUAAAGAUAUAGGCAAACCUUUACCUAUACCGAAAACGGAGGGCAUAUCCAAGCUUCGCAAUUUGAACAACACACCGGUGCCUAUUGACACUAUCGCUAUACGAAAAGAUUUUGAUUACUCAAACAUUCUCAGCCUCUCAUCAUUUGAAAACCAUUACGAACUGGUUGGCGGUAUUAAUUUUCCCAAAAAGAUAUCUUGCCGUCGCUCUGAUGGACGACAACGGAUUCUCCUAAUAAAGGGUGAAGAUGAUCUUAGACAAGACGCGGUGAUGCAACAAGUAUUUAAUAUAGUGAACACGUUGCUAGAGAAGAACCCAGUCACGUACCACAACAAGUUACUCAUACGCACCUAUAAGGUUGUGGCGAUGUCUCGUCGCUCCGGCGUGUUGGAGUGGUGCGAGGGCACGAUGCCGCUCGGCUCAUAUCUCAUGCAAGCUCACAAACAAUAUCGGCCACAGGACAUUCAUCCGAAUAUAGCUAGAAAUAAAAUGAAGGAAUGCCACGAGAACAGAAGAUCUAAUAAGCAUAAGCUGGCAGUUUUCAAUGAAAUAUUGAGGGUGUUCAAGCCAGUUUUCCAUUAUUUCUUUACGGAACAUUAUCUUGAUCCCGUAACUUGGUAUGAACGACGACUGGCUUAUACUAGGAGUGUUGCAACUUCUUCCAUGGUUGGGUUCAUAAUGGGUCUGGGCGACCGACACGUUCAGAAUAUAUUGAUUGACAAAACCACCGCUGAAGUUAUACAUAUUGACUUCGGUAUCGCUUUCGAUCAAGGAAAAACUUUACCCACCCCUGAAACGGUGCCUUUCCGUUUAACUCAAGAUAUUAUAGCUGGAUUCGGUUGUAGUGGUGUUGAAGGCAUAUUUAGAAAUUGCUGCGAAAAAACAUUACAAUUACUGCGUGACAACCAAGAAACGUUAUUGACUAUACUCGAAGUUCUCUUAUGCGAUCCGUUAUAUUUGUGGAUUGUGCCAUCAGCAGCUAAGAAUGCAGGUACGUAA